CCCGGCCUCCCUUCCCGCACAGUGGGAAGUGCCAGCGCUGGCCAGCCGGACGGGAGGCGGAGCCUAAGGGGGUGGGGAAUGCCCUGCCCGGCCGCCCGCUUGGAAACAGAUUCAUUCCCAGCCGGCUCUCCACCUAGCCGGAGCAGGCUCUGCGGAGAGGACGCUGCGACGCGCCCGCGCUCGGCGGCCGGAGGCGCCCUACGCUCGGCUGCGGCCACGGGAGGCGCUUUUUCCCGGGAGCCAGCCGGGAAAAGCCCAGUUUAACCACGAGUGGCUAGGCCAUUGCACGGGCCUCCCAGCGACAGAAGGACAGCGAAAGAGGGCUGAAGCUGACCUGAGCUUUCCCACGCAGGGGAGAGGGCGCCAGGGCGAGGAGGGGAACAAGGGAGGAGUGUGGCGAAGCUCACGGCCAGCGGUGGAUUAUCCGGGCCGGUCUGCGUUUGUGGGCUGCGAAAUGCGCGAGGAGGACAAGGGCAUGCUGGGUGGUGGCGGCGACGACGCGGGCCUGGCCAGCGCCUCCGCACGGGGGCAAGUGGAGACCGUGCGGCAGCUCCUGGAAGCCGGUGCGGAUCCCAACGGAGUCAACCGCUUCGGGAGGCGGCCGAUCCAGGUCAUGAUGAUGGGCAGCACCCGCGUGGCCGAGCUGCUGCUGCUCUAUGGCGCGGAGCCCAACUGUGCGGACGAAGCCACCCUCACCCGACCUGUGCACGACGCGGCCCGGGAGGGCUUCCUGGACACGCUCGUGGUACUGCACCGAGCCGGGGCGCAGCUGGACGUGCGCGAUGCCUGGGGCCGCCUGCCCGUGGACCUGGCUGAGGAGCGGGGCCACCGCGCUGUCGCCCGGUACCUGCGUGCAGCUGCAGGAGACUGAUGACAGGUACCCCCAGCCGCCCACAACAUUUCUUUUCUCCCCUGUUCCCCACCCCCAACUUAGUGCAUGGGAGGCUACAAAUGUGGAGCGGCGGAAAGCCUGAAAGCCUUCCAGGAGACUUGACUCACCGUCCCGGAGGAGAAGCAGACAGUGAAUACAAUUUUUUUUUUUUUUUUUGUCUUUGUUCUUUUCCUCUGGAUCCUGCCCUCACACUCACUCACGGCGCAGCCAAACGCAGAGGUGAUGCAAAUGGACUUCCAGAGAGAUUCAAGAGCUGAAUGUGAAGCCCCCGGGUGUCGGUGUCGUUUACUUUUCAGGGUUUUCUGGCAAAAAACGGCCCAUUAAGUCCCUAACGACCCCAGGUGUUUGCCAAACUUCACUGGAAAGACGCUGGCGGCGGAGUGGGAGGCGGCCAUGAUAGGCAUUUGAGCUCGAGGCCGAAGACACGUUUGUCCCACUGACCUUGAAAGAGGGUACUGGAAGCCCCUACUUUAGGUCUGAGGCGCCUGGGGCUAGAAGGAGAACUCUGAAGACUGAGAUGACAACGAAGAUGCUGAAGAUGAGUUCGACAGUAGACAGCAUCAGCAGGUGCCCAGGGCUUUACAGGCUGUGUGUUGCCAUCCAAGUCCCCUGCGAAGCCCUGGGGACUUGCACCCAGCUCCGCCGGAUAGUGACGGGAAAGGAGGAUUCCAGAGCCACCUGGAAUUUGCCCACAGGUUCUAGGAUCCCUGGGUCAAGAAGACACAGAACAGCUCUGGAGAGGGGCGGGUGCCAGCUGUUUGUUACUCAAUCCACAGGAGAUUCUUGGAGAGUUCAGAAGUCAGCGCACAGGGUGAUGUGGUGGAUUGCAGUAAGAGCGACUGUCACGAUUAACUGUAACGAUUUGCUCCAUCUAUAUACGAUAGGAUAAAGGACUUCCCUCCCCCAUGAGAUGAAAAGAUUUUGCAAUAUUUUGUAUUUAUGAGUUGUUCUUCAGUAACAAUCUUACUGGGGAGGCUUUAAAUAACAAAGUAACUUGCGCCUGGGGGUAAAGAACUAUAGCUUUUAAAUCAAGCUCUGGCACAGUGCCAAAGCUUAGACCCUUUCAUCCUUAACCUAUUUAUUUCUUUGUUAAAUUUUCUGACUGUAUCCUUUACUAGAGUGUGUCAGAGGAUCAAACUAUGAAAUAUUCCAAUUAUCUUGUAAAAAACUGAUGCACUUACCCAGUAAACUCUCUUGGGGUAUUUCCCAAAGUGUGGCUGAAAGAGUAAAUUGAAUAUAAAACUGUUGAAAAUAGAUGAUGAUGGCUCACAGAAUGUCUUCAUAUCUGCAGAACAAACUAAAAGUGCACGGCUUUGAGAUUUAAUGUCCAGUGUUGCUUGAUUCCUUACAGCAUUGGAACAACUGAUACAUCAAUGCUUUAAUAAACAAAAACAGUAGAUUGGAUUCUAAGAUGUGGAUAUUUUGGUUUAAAAAUGUAUGAUCAUGGAUUUACCACUAAUUCCUGAGAAAUGUUAAAGACUCAAAGAGGUUCAUUUCUCUCACUCUUUGUAAUAAUUAUUGAUAAAUGAUACCAGCAACAAUUGAUUUUAAAACACUGCUAUAUAUACUAGGAAAAGGUUUAUGAAUUGUGGGAGAGAGAGAGAAACAGAAGAAAAAAAAACUAAUUUGAGAGACCAAAAGAAGGGGAUUCAUUAAAUUGAAUUUAAAAAUCUUUACUUCCCCAUCAGUUCUUUAUACCCAGAUGAACACAUUACUGGGGAAAGUUAGUUGAGAAUCAGAGCAUUUCUUAUUGGGAAAAAUGUGGAAGCACUUAUUGAUGUUAACUUGUUCCAGGCAUAUAUUAAAAUACAUUUGUUCAUUUAAUAUUUAAACCUGAUAGAUGUCAUUUUCCAGAUGAGAACAAGAUAGAGAAAUAUUAGUUGAUAAUUUUUUUAUAAUAGGGUAUAAUUUUUCCAAUGUUCAAGACAUGGUUCAAGAUUCCACCUGAAGAAGAGCAAGUAGAAUUGGUGAUCUGGAAAAAUGAUAGAAGUCAUCUGAAGAAGCAAUUCUGUGGACUGCCUUAUGUACAAAAUACAAAAUUCAUUGUCACUUAAAAUACAAAAGGUCUGAGGUGCCUCAUUGGCUCAGUUGGUAGAGCAUGUGACUCUUGAUCUUGGGGUCAUGAGUUCAAGCACCACACUGGAUGCAGAGAUUUUAUUUAAUUAAUUUAUUUUUAAAACUGAAAUAAAAGAGUUCUGCUUCCGUGUA